AUGCGGAGUGCUCGCCGACGGAGCACCGCGGCGCCGCCGCCGUCAAAAGAGCGAAACUCCCUUAAAGGCGAGGUCACCGCAGCUCGCAAGAUGAGCAGCCCAAAAAUAGUGGCAGCAAAACGGAACUCCUCCUCCCUCACCGCAAAGAAGACGCGGCGGAAGCAGUCCACGCAGCAGCAGCCCGCCACCACCACCGCCGCCGCCGAAACCGCGACGGUUGGGCCAGCGCCAUCGUCCCCGCCCAGCGCGCCACCCCCACGUGGCGAAGAUAAAAAGCCUCGCAAAGAAAGCGCUACGGUCACGCAGCCGGCCGAUGCACCGAGCGAGAACGCGCCGGUCGAACCUGCGCCGUCGCCUCCCGAGCCGAGCAAAGACGCCGUGGUGGGCGGGACGGUGGCUACGACAACAGCACCGAAGCGCAACAGCGGCAACGGAGGAAGCUCCGGCUCCAUUCGCCUCUCCCCCGCCCCACCCCCGUCGUCCGUCACGAUGCUCUCUCCCAUCAACGAAAUACACUGCAGCCUCACCCAGCUCUACCUGACACCGAUCUCCGCCUCCCUCUCGUCGCCGCACGCGGGCUUCACCGCACUGCACUUCGACGGGCGCAGUGCGAGUUGGUCCAACAGCGGCACCACGGCUGUCGCGGGCGCCAUCCCGGGCGGCCCUCUGAUCCCCGCAAACCGCCGCGGCAGCGACCAGCGGCACUCCGGCAGCGGUGGCAGCGGCGGCUUGGUCGCCGUCGCGGGGGACGACUUCGUCACAGGUGCCCCGCACGCCCAGCGGAUGCGAACACGCGGCUCUGCUACGUCCCCGCUGAAGUUGCCGCACGGCGGAAACUUGCGACCGCGGCAGACCUCCGCCUCCUCCUCCUCCACCGGCCACCCCGACGCAGGCGUGACGGACGCAAGCGCGCGGCGUGGGCAGGGGAAGCCACAACCGCCACCGCCGUCGCAGGUGCACCGCCGUUCCUCCGGCGGUGCCUCGACGCAAUUGUCUGUGACGGCCAAGACGCUCUUCGCCACGACGGACACCGUCGCCGUCCCGCUGACGCCGCCGGUGCCGCCGCCGCUGACCUCCACGGUGAAGUCGCCGUCACCGGCGGGGGGUCGUCUGCCGCCCACGCCGCCCCCUUUCGACAAUAGCACGCGCUCCGCCGGCGGUAGCAGCGGCAGCGAGGGCCGCCACGGGUCGUGGAACCUCGCCUCGAACUGGAGCCCGACUGAACCCUCACCCACACCCGUCGUGAGUGCGGGCACUACAGGUCGCAGCGGCCUCACGCUCCGGCAGUGGCGUGAUAGCGACGACGACGCGGAAAGCCCCAAUGAGCGGUCCUUCUACUCGACCUCGAUUGUGUCGACGGUCACCUCAACGUUUGAUGAGCAGCCUCCGCCCCCACCGCCGCCGCCGGCGCAGUUAAACCUUGGUGUUGGCAGUCGAGGCCGUCAAGCGGCACCGCCACCGCUCCCCAUGGUGCCCGUCGCCCCGCAGAAACUCUUCUCCCCCACCGGGAAUGAGUCCAUCAGUCUUUUCUUGGAUGCAAACAUCUGGCAUAAGAGAGGCAGACGGGGACGCAGCAGCACGACUGACAGCAACUUCAGCAUUCGCGAGAGCAGCGUCGCCUCUCUUCGCCAGAGCAGCAGCUCCGAGUCGAAAGACGGCAGCCACGACGACGACGACAACGCGCCGUCAGCUCACCGCGGCAGCUUCUUCCCCUCCUCGCACGUGAGCCUCGACGGAGCGGAGCCGUUGGCGCUGUGUCCGCCGACCUCCGACUCCGACCCAAACGGCGAGGGGAACGUCCAAAAGGAGCUCGGCGCAGACCUGCAACGUCACGAUUCGAGUCCCGGAGCAAAACGGGGCGGGUGGGGUGGCGCGGGUCCCGCACCUCCACCGCUCUCGCUGGAGUCCAACAUUCAACCCAGCAGGUCCAACGUCGGAGGAGACAAGAAAGGGGCGUCGCCAUCCUCGCCAGCGGAGGCCGGUGGCGCGGCUCGUAAAGGAAGUGCGAGCGGCGAUGGCCCUUUUCAGUCGCCAAAUACACCACCCUCAUUGAAGGCAUCGGAGAGCGGUGCGGGCAGUGGCUUGUUGACGAACGAGCAAACAAAAUCGCAGCGCUCCACCCCCACCCCGACGAUUGUGGACCCCGACGCGACUCCGCAGCUCGAGUCGUCGCUCAUAAUUAAAGAGCAUCCGUCCUCUGCGUCCCUGUCGUCGGGCCACGGUACAGAGGCGUCGACCCGGCAGCAAGAACUGGCGCGGUCUUUUCGCAACCGUAUUCAAGUUGGUGUGCGUGCCCCGAAGCGAAAGCAGACGAUCCGACGCGUGCCGUCCAGCCUGCGCGGUCGCCGCAGCAGCGUCAGUGACGGUGCCCAGCGAGGCUCGAGUGGACGAACUGGGUCGGCGGGCAGUAGCGGUAGCAACGGCCUUCGUCGCAGCGUCAGCUCGCGUCGCAGCGGCAGGAGCACCGGCAACCUCGCCGGCAGCCCCGUCACGGCGUUUGUGCGCGCCGCCUUCAUCCUGCUCGCCUGUGCGCAGUUCAGGAAGGCGGCGGUGACCUGCCGGGCGCGACACCGCUACGAAGACGUGGACGCCCCGCGCGCUGCGUUUCUCAUUCAGUGCGCCUGGCGUCGUCGUCAGCAGAGACGGCGCAUACGAGAGAGCAACGCCGUCCAGCUUCUGGUGCCGUGGGUGCGGCUGCACCUGCGGCGGCUGCGCAAGACAAAGGAGGUGAGUGCGCUGCUGCUCCAGCGCGUCUUCCGCGGGCAGGUUGUGCGCUCCUUCCACCAGUUCUUGUAUGCGCGGAUGCAAUACAACAAGGCCCUCGAUGUCGUACUGCGCGCCGUGCGACGGUUGGAGGCGCAGAAGAUGCUCUUUCGCUUGCGACUGCAGCGAGAUGAACGAGUGGUCCUGAUUGGGCAGUGCAUUCAGGGCUGCCUUCAAGUGCUGCGCGCGGAGCAAAUGGAGUGGGGCGGCUUGGUGGACGGUGCCGCCGCAACGCUGGGCACCCGGCCGUGCGUCUCUACAUGCGACUGGGUCUCGGGGGUUGCCGCACGCACCGGUGUGGUGCUCAACCCCGCCGCAGCGGCGGCCUCCGGCAAUGAGGACCUGUUUCACCUCAAACCAACCUGUGCGAUGAAAGGAAACAGGAGCAACAACGCAAAUAGUGGUAGUGGUGGACAAGGCGUGGGUGCGGGUACAAGACUCAACGCGCUGCGUCAACAGCUGAGGGGCUUCUCGCAGCUCGAGUCGUACGCGUACUUGGACACGACGCGACGCACGCGAAAGAAUCCAGACCCACAUAUGAGCUUCUUCACCGUGUCUGCCCUUUUGCCUGGGUCGGCUGAGCUUCACGUGGACGACAGCUCGCCCGCCGCACCCGCCGCAGCAGUACACAAAAAUGAAGAGAGCGAUACAGAACACGCCGCUCUCACCGGGGCGUUGGCGUCCGCGGCUUCAUCGGCGGAUUCGGGUGACCAGUCGGACCAGGCCUUGGAACUGUUACCUGCUGCCACCGUCACGGACAACGACGUCGUCGAUGCCUUCCUUCAACUCAUCAUUCGCAUUGAAUCGGCCGAACGGGUGGAGUUAGAGCGAAAGCUGCUCGCCGAGCAGGAGGCGGUGCUGCACACACCCUCCCUCGUCAACCAAGCCGUGGCGUACAUCGUGGCGCAGCAGCUGCCGCUUCUCUUUGCCCCCCUCCUGCUCGCCAUGUCCUCCACGUCCUCGAUGCGGCAGGCAGUCCGCCUCUUCGCCGCCGAGCGGGCCGCCCGCUGCCACAUUAUUGCCUUGUACGAGUCAAUGCCGCUGUCGUGUCUGAGCCGCCCCAUGUUGAACCCCGCUGCGGGACAGCGCCACGCCAACUUGGUGCAGCUGAUGCGCCGUGCCCCCAAUCCGUGGAUCGAGGCAGAGCUGAACGAGCACCGCCUCUACCAGGAGUGGACCUCCUACAAACACCGCACCACCUACGGACCGAGCGACACUAAGUCCCUGACCAGCCCCCGACUCUCUUACGGGCAGCACCUCUACGCCGCCACGCCGGGCUCGCCGCCUUUACCGGAGGAGGGCAGUGCGAUCAACUCCCACCUCGACAGCGCAGUGCACGCCCCGAUCGUCCUGGACGAGGUGCCCAGCAGCAUCGCGACGUCCACGGGACAAGUACCGUCGCCCGCGCAGCGACGUGCUGCUGGUGGUGGUGGCAUUCGGGUCCGCAUGACGCCGUCCUUCCGCAGCAGCGCCGCCACUUCGGCGACGCAGUCGGUGCCCUCCGCCGUGCUCGCGCCGCCGCCGCCGCUGACGAACAGCGUCUCCAUCAGUCGGGCCCCGAGCGACAGCUACACCCGCGUCGACGUGAAGAGCAAGACGGCGCUGCCGUGCCCGAAGCGUCGCCCGCGCGGCCCACCGUUGCCGCUGCUGCGCACCCUCACACCGGUCACUACACGCGGUCCAGGCUCAAAUCUGCACCGGCCAUCCUUUCGCAACGGCGGCAGCUCUCCCGGUACACCGUCGCACUCCCCGUUGCGUGUGCCGGACCUGGUCCGCGUGACGGUGUCCGGAACGCCCACAAAGACGUCCGCGGUGACCUCGAAAGGGUCGGAAGGGAUGAGCUCGUUGCUAGUGGCUGCUCCUCCUCCGAUCCGGGCCGAUCGCCGCAACACCGUCGCCCCUCAGUCGUUGCCUUCGUCCUUCCUGCCUUUUCAAAAGCCAUGCUCGAUGGCAGCAGCAGCAGCAGCACCGAGCCACGGUGGGGUGGGCCCUGCCGGUUCGCUGUCAUCGCGGUCAUCGCAGAUGUGCGUCUUUUCCGAUGAGGAAGAGGAGGGGGAAGAGGAAAGAAUUACCACGCCGAACAAGGGCGCUGCGGACCGCGUCGACUCAUUAGCCCUUUCGCCUCUGGUGGACGGCAUCGAAGACGAAGGGGCGGCGAACGCAGCGAUGCCGUCAUGUGCUUGUGACGAUGUGGCCGACCAGCAGCCCUCUACACCUGUCUCCGCCUCCUCCCCGCUGCGGCGGGUGGACUCGUGGGCGUCCUCCAAGUCCUCCUCCUCCUUCUCGUCUGCCUUUCUGCCUGCAGACGCCGCCAACGCGGCGGGAAGUCGCGGUGCGCAUCCGCUGACAACGGCGGCGGCCACCUUUCCGCCACGCGCACCCACGCCGCCGCCGCGCCGCUGUCACGCCGCCACGUACGUUCCCCCUGCCCACCCCUCCCCCUCUUCAUCUCCGCCCCCGUUCCCCUCCACCACGGCGACGUCUCAGCUGGCGCGUAACGCGGACGAGCGCUGCCUGGGGCGGGUGGAGCUGCCUUUUACGGAUGGCAAGCGGCCCGACAGCCGGGGUAGCGCCACCAACCGCAGCGCAAACUGGUCGCUCUCGCCCACAGCGAAAGCCAUACCGUCGGCCUCGCCCUUUUUGCCUCCUGCAUCCACGACGCGACUGCCUUCGCUGUCGGAGCGGCAAGCACCAACGCGGUCUUUUGGGCUUACGGCGUGA